AUGGCUGAAGCAAAUGUCAACGGCACGAAGUCACGAGAUGUCAAUUGGUUCGCUGUCCACCAAAGAUUCGACAUCGAGUGUGAAUUCGUCCAGUCCCUCAGCAAUCCACACUACAUCCUGCACCUAGCAGCAAACAAGUAUUUCGACGACGCAACAUUCGUGGCGUACCUCAAAUAUCUAGAGUACUUUCGCCAGCCGGAAUACAUCAAGUAUCUGCUAUAUCCCGGUCCAACACUCCGAGCCCUCGAGCUCCUCCAACAGGAGCAGUUCCGCAAGGAUGCCCUCAAUCCCGCCUUGAUCGAGCAGGUGCUACAGGAAGGCAUGGAGGCCGCUGCAACGGGCCCGCGGUGA